AUCCUGUUGAUGACGCUACAGGACAGAAACGAGAAGCUGUUCUACCGUUUGUUGACCUCUUACAUCGAGGAGUUCAUGCCCAUCGUGUACACGCCCACCGUCGGUCUGGCAUGUCAGCAGUUCAGGAGACCACGAGGACUCUUCAUCACCAUCCACGACAAAGGACACAUUGCCUCCAUGCUCAACUCCUGGCCAGAAGAAGACAUAAAGGCCAUCGUUGUGACAGAUGGGGAGCGUAUCCUCGGGCUUGGUGACCUUGGAAGCUACGGGAUGGGGAUUCCUGUCGGGAAGCUGGCGCUCUACACGGCGUGUGGGGGUGUUCGGCCACAUAAUUGUCUCCCGGUCCUGCUGGACGUCGGCACUGACAACCAGACGCUGCUCGAUGACCCACUGUACAUCGGACUGAGGCACAAGAGAAUCAGAGGAAAGGAAUAUGACGACCUGGUGGAUGAGUUCAUGCAGGCGGUGACAGACAAGUACGGGAUGGACUGUCUCAUUCAGUUUGAGGAUUUCGCCAACAGCAACGCCUUUCGCAUCCUCAACAAAUACAGGCAUCGCUACUGCACCUUCAACGACGACAUCCAAGGCACGGCCUCAGUAGCUGUUGCCGGGGUCUUAGCUGCUCUGAAGCUCACCAAGAACAAACUGUUAGACCACACCUUUGUUUUCCAAGGAGCAGGCGAGGCGGCUCUGGGUAUCGCUAACCUGCUCAUCAUGGCCAUGGCCAAAGAGGGGGUAUCCAGAGAGGAAGCUGCCAAGAGGAUCUGGAUGGUCGACUCCAAAGGUCUCAUUGUGAAGGGAAGAGGUCAUAUAAACCACGAGAAAGAGGAGUUUGCCCACGACCACCCGCACCUGAAGACCCUGGAGGAGGUCGUGGAAACCAUCAAACCCACUGCCAUCAUAGGCGUGGCUGCUAUCAGAGGAGCGUUUACUGAGAAGAUCAUCAAAAACAUGGCGUCCUUCAAUGAGAGGCCCAUCAUCUUCGCCCUGAGCAACCCCACCAGCAAGGCGGAGUGCACGGCGGAGCAGUGCUACACGCUCACAGAGGGUCGUGGCAUCUUCGCCAGUGGAAGUCCGUUUGACAAGGUGACGCUGGCUGAUGGACGCACCUUCUACCCCGGGCAGGGAAACAACGCAUACGUCUUUCCUGGAGUGGCUUUGGGUGUUAUAGCCUGCAGGGUGCGCCACAUAUCUGACGACAUCUUCCUCACCACAGCAGAGGCGAUAGCUGAUAUGGUAACAGAGGAGCACCUGGCUGAGGGACGACUUUAUCCUCCUCUGAGCACCAUCAGAGAGGUGUCCUUCAAGAUAGCAGUUAAGGUUGUCAACCACGCUUACAAACACAACAUUGCUUCGGUGUACCCCGAGCCUAAAGACAAGGAGGCGUUUGUGCUGUCUCACAUCUACAGUCCUGAUUACGACUCCUUCACUCUGGACUCGUACGGCUGGCCACAGGAGGCCAUGAAGGUCCAGGACGUGUGAUCAGCUGGUGUCUAAACUCAAUACUCUGCCCUGGCAUCACGCCCAAAUUCUGCAUUGCCUCCAUAAAUACAUACUUAGCCAAUGAUAUGCAACAUGCUUUUUUUUUUUCUUAUUAUGGUUUGUUUAAAAAAAAAAAAAGUUGUUUCCAUAGCGCUCAUUAUCAACUUGCUGCCCAUCAAACACUGCCACAUGCUGUAUAUAGAUCUUCUCUAUGAUGCCGGUCAGACCUGGUAUCAAAUUAACAUUUGUCCUGAGUGAUCCGAUCACAAGAGGUUGGCUCUAAGCACAAGUGUGAACGCUCCUUAAUGUGUCAUGAGAUCUCAUUCUUCUUUGCUGCGUGAAUGCAAAUCUGUCCUGGAUCACAUGAAGGGCCUGCAGCAGGUCAGCUGACGUCUCCGACCUGCUGCAGUUACACAAUGAGUUAAACCCAUUUUUGCGCCUCUCAGUGACCAUGUUCUUUUGUUUGUGGCCCCAGCAUCGAGGUCGAUCGGCACACAAUGGCCGAUGCUUCGCUUAAAUUGGUCGAAUCUUUGGUCACAGUAGAUCUGCAGCUCAUUGUGUUCAGUCAUUGCUUGCUCCCUCUGAUGUUUUCUGUAGUAUGCUCAGAGAAAGCUUUCCCCUCAACUGAGUGCGACCGUCAGGAUGUCUCCUUUUAUGGUAGUGCGUUUUCCUCCAGUUUAGUACGGAGCUCUGCCUGUUGUGUUUUUGCCAAAGUAACAGAUGAGAUGUAUCUUAUCUUAUUUUACUCUUAGAGAAUAUGAUGCUCAGAGCGCUUUAGUACUGCGAGACAAGCUUGACGUUUUUUAAAGAGAAAAUUAAACUUUUUCAAUAAAAUUGUUGUGACAAUA